GAAAUGCAUCAAUAGUAAUGCAGUUUGGUGGGAAUCGCUGCACUACGAUUGGAAGUUACAUUAGAAAUACUUUCUUGAGUGAAAGUUGUUUAGUCGGAAGUACGUCAUACAGAAUUUAAACUUUGUUAAUGAAUGUCGAUAAACUCUAACGUAGAAGAGUUCUUUGUUGUACAAUUUUUCUUAAAUGGCAGGAGAAGUUGUAGUUGAUGCGCUACCAUAUAUUGACCAGGGAUAUGAUGAACCUGGAGUCAGAGAAGCAGCUUUGGCCAUGGUCGAAGAGGAAACACGUAGAUAUAGACCGACGAAAAAUUAUUUAGAACACUUACCACCAUUAAAUAUUAAUGCUUUUGAAACAGAAGUGAUGAAACAUGAAUUUGAGCGAAUGCAAAAUCGUUUACCUAUGGAAGUGCUUAGUAUGAAACGCUACGAGUUACCUCCACCUCCACCAGGUAAAAUGAAUGAUCUUGCAGCAUGGAACGAGAGUGUAGAAAAUAGUAGUGCACAAUUAGAACAUCAGGCUACGAGAAUAUGUAAUCUUGAGCUAAUGAUGGAAUAUGGAUGUGAAGGAUGGAAAUCUUAUUUAGAAAUAUUAGUGCAACUUGUAAAUCAAGCGCAAAAACAGCUGCAAGUCUUAAGGAAAAAAAUUCAAGAAGUCAAUUGGCAAAGAAAAUCUAUGCAAACUCAAGGAGGAGAAAAGUUAAGGGCAUUAGAGGCACAGUGGGUAGGACUUGUGUCAAAAAAUUAUGAAAUUGAACAAGCAUGCGUUCACUUAGAAGAAGAGAUACAGAAAUCUAUGAUGAAUAAGGGAGAGGGUGUAGAGAUAAGUGAUGUGCCAGGGGAAGAAGAACCUGACGUUCCAGAAAAGAGUGCAACAGAGGUUAUGGCAACGGAAAUGGAUCAACAAGAGCAAGAAAAUGAAGAAUCUUGAACAAUGUGUAAAAAUAUGAAUGUAUAAAAUUAUGA